CCUCCACCCCCUCCCUGACUCAUCCUCCACCCCCUCCCCAACACCCCCGGGGGAGUGCGAAUACUCCGACUUCUCUCCGAGUCACACGGCACUCCUCCCCGAGAGACCCGAGUGUCAGAUCCACAAGGAUGACCUGUCCGAGGAGGAGAAGGAGCAGAUCCUCCAACUCCACAACGAGCUAAGGUCAAAGGUGGCACGCGGGGAGGAGCAGAUGGGAGCACCUGGACCACAACCACCUGCGGCCGACAUGCGGGAGCUGAUCUGGAACGAUGAGCUGGCACAGGUGGCACAGGCUUGGGCGUCCCAAUGCCCCAUCGGCCACGACGACUACACCCAACGGAGGAUCUGCACCCGGGACUAUGAGGUCGGCCAGAACAUCCACUAUUACUGGGGCUACGAUCCUGAAGCGGACUGGGAGCGACGCAGUGACGUCAUUGGCUAUUGGUGAAGUGAAGGACAUGCCCAA